UUUCUAACGAUUUUAAGAAAUACCACGAUAACACCUAAAUGCCGCGGAAACACCAGGAGUUAAUUGUAACGCAUACCCACCCAGUUUCUUGUCCUUUCCAAAAUGUAACUGAAGGCCAUUUGAGCAGUCGCUGGUUGGUUGGCCGUAUCUUAUCGACAUGAAACUGGCAUUUGUUUGAUGAGUUUUAUAACACUAAGGAGGUUAUAUUUAAUUAAUUUAGGUAACUGGGUCAAAUAAAGGUAUCGGGUUUAGUAUCGUUGAAAAACUUUUGAAAUUAUACCGCCCUACAGGAGAAUGGGAUGUGUGUCUAACAGGUGACCGUAUAUCAACUAAUAACUUAGCAGCUCGUAAUAUUGGACUUGGUCAGGAAGCUGUUAAAAAGCUCAAUAACAAGGGCCUGGAUGUUAAAUUCCAUCAGCUAGAUAUAACGGAUCGAGAUAGUCGAAAAGCGUUCCUAACAUUUGUAGAGAGAAACUAUCCCAAUGGAAUCAACGUUGCAGUUAAUAAUGCUGGAAUUGCCCACAAAGUCGUUUUAUUACUUUAAUAUAUUUCCGUAGGCUAACUGUUUGGUUUCAUUUGGCAAUCAAGCACGUAGUUUGGUGAACACCAACUUUACUUCAACUGUCGAUUUCACGGAAGAGUUCAUUCCUUUACUAGCUGAAAAUGCCAGAGUCGUUAAUAUCUCUGCUACUCUCUCUCUGUUCAUGUUAAAGAAACUCAGUAGUGAUCUUUACGAAAAAUUUGUUGGCCCUAUGAACCUUUCGGAGUUGAAAAAACUUAUGGUGGAGUUUUUCAGUAAUGCAACUGGUUUUUUUGCUACACUGCAUGUAACGUAUGAUUUCAAAAAAUCUGCUGAGGAUGGCACUUAUUCUGAGAAAGGUUGGCCUUCAAAUGCCUAUGGAGUAUCCAAAAUGGGUCUUACAAAGGCUUCGUUUAUUUUCGGUGAUAUGCUGAAAGAUGAUCCAAGAGGGGUUGUGAUAAAUUCGUGUUGUCCUGGUUUUGUUGACACUGAUAUGACUGACCAUAAAGGUGUGAAGACAACGGAUGAAGGUGCUGACACACCGUUCUAUUUGGCCACACUACCUUUAGGAUCAAACAAACCUAUCAAUCAGUUCGUAUAUGAAAGAAGAGUGGUUAAAUGGUCCAAAUGAUCUCCACAUAAAUUUUAUUCUGCACAGGUGUAUUAGCAGAAUGUUAUUGCUGAACUUUCUUAUCAACGUACGUUAUGUUACCCACUUGUUUUAUUAGAUUUCAGAUGUGAAUCAUUCUGUUUCUUAGUCUAAUCUGUUUACGAAUAGAAGCGAUGUCUACCUUAUUAUUAUUAUUAUUAUUAUUAUUAUUAUUAUUAAUAUUCUUAUCGUUGUUGCUAUUCUGUGAUGUUCGGCUGUACCAUGUGUUGUUAUUCAGGACAUAGCUUCUUCGGUUUCAUUUAAUUUACUGGAAUGUUUGUUUUGUGCAUGUAUUUUAUUUUGGUCUGUUCAUAUGAUUCUAACGUGUUUUCAAGUAAUGAAUGUUGAAAAUGUUUACUGUGUGCAAACUGUUUAGUGAGACAACUGGUGUUUUACUUUGAGUUGAAGCUGAGAGUGGGUGGUUUAUGUUUGAGUCCGCCUCCAAUGAAAUAUAUGACGAUGGCGAAUUGUUAUGAACAGGUGACUUGUAAUAGUUUAUUCUGAGUUGAAAUAGAUUUCUGCACAAGUUUUAUUUUAUUUGAUGAAAUGUUCACUCACCGUUCUUCAUUAUAUUAUGUCACUAGGUGAUUUCGAGCAGCAUUUAUCAAACGAACUUUUGUUAUUCUACAAUGGAGAGUAGUAUGAAUGUUUCAGUUUUUCAAGAAGAUUGAUUUUAAGAAUAUUUGUUGAACGGGAUGAGAUUAGUGGGGUUCCUACAUAGUUCGUUGCCUUGGUUUUACUUUCAAGUUUGAUUUGGUUAUGCAGUAACUUAUGUAUGAUAUAUACAUGAAUGUACAUUGUCUGUUACUCAUGCUCAGUAGUAUACUUAGUUAUUACGGUUCACAACAUCCAAGUAAAAUUGAAAACUGAUCUACAGUUGCUUUGUGAUAUUGUUGUUUGUAACCAUAUUGAUGUUUGGAUUUGUAGUAUAAAUCGAGUUUCUUAAUUGAUCGUGUCUGUAAAACAUUAUCUGAGUACCUAUGAAUUUACCAAGUAUCCCAAGUUUUCCAACAUAUUCCAAUGAACCCUCAUCCGAGUGACUUAGAGUUUUUAGUUGUCAGGCGCUAGGUCAGUUAUCGGGUUUCCGCCCUUGUUAAUGUCUUAUGAAGUGUCUCAUAUGAUAUCCAUUAAUCCCUCGCCAAUCAAAAGUUUUUAACAUAACUCGGAAAGAUUUGAAGGUUGAUGUCUGUUGUAUUUAAUCUUCAACAAUGUUAAGAUUUUUAUAUCAACCUAAAGAAAAGUAUGAUGUUCAUUGUAAGCAUGGUUCACAAAAUAAUCUCUACUCACUGUUUAUGUGUUUGUGAUGAUACGCUGUUGUUAUUACUUAUAUAUGAGUAUGGCUAUGCAUAACUACCCAUUAUUUGUUUACAGUUCGACUAGUUGCUAACUGGGAAAAUGAUUGUCGUGUUAUCCACUUGUAGAAGGUAGUGUUCCUCUCCAUAUAAGCAAUAACUUCAGAUAAAACAGUUUCAAAAGUUUAACUUUGCUUGACAUUCGCUCCGUUGUGGCAAUUGUUUAUCCAAGAACGAUCACACAAAAAUCAAACUACUUUAUCCAGAGAAAGUUUGAUGCUUAUAUGAGUAUGUAAUGGAUUGUCUUAGAGAUAACUCCUAAGGCUUCGUGUAUCAAAAGUCCUGAUUUUCAUUAUUAAAUAAAUCCCGACGGUGUAUCAAUUUUGGAUGACAAUACGAGGUGUCGACUACAGUUUGUUACUGAACAGCGCAGAUCACUGAGCCACAAGCUCACAGCGAAUCCUAGCAGAAAUACUAAUGUGAGAGAGAAAAUACAUAGGCGAAUUAGGAGUUGAAUAAAUUGGUGAGAUGCAAGUAAAUAUACAUAGAAAAGCAAAUGAUUAAUCGAGUGAUUUAAGCUAGUAAGAGGGAUAUAUGUGUAGGCUGUAACACGUGAUCAAACAUACAUGUUCAUACAGACAUGAUGAUCAUGAUACAAAGAUGUACACAUUGUCACUGUUUGAAUGACUGUUUAACAAGUUGAUUGAAAGGCUUGACAAGUUAGAUCAAAACACACCUAUAUUACGUCGGAACGAUGAAUAAAUAUACUACAACUGCUAUAAAUAUUCCUAUUGGCUACUGUUAUGCGGCUUACCAUUAUUAAUUUAUUCACAAUCUAUUAGUUACAACCUCCUAUACUCAUAACCACUUUUGGCUUGAUCUCGCAUAGUAAUUAUUUUUCAUUUUAUGGUGUUAUGCGGUCUGGUCUAUUUGUGUAUAAACCACGUAUAUCUGAAAUAUACGAUUCAUAUGGCGGAGACUUAUUUGUGUUUGGACUGAACGGGCCGGAGUAGGCGAGUAGCGACUGUGAAGAGGAACAAUAGAGUUCCAGAGUUGAUUUAAGGCUGCUCGUGCUGGCUGACGUGUUAUUGGUUUGGCACAGAGACAAAGUUGUAGAAGUCGGCAUUCUGAUUGGUGGUUUUGUGACGUAUUGUUUGACGGGUCAUAUGGCAUAACAACUUGAGUGUCGGUGAAGUGCUGUAGGUAGACGAAAACUAGUUAAUUUGAGUUUUGAAGUUAAAAUGAUGAUUAAAAAUAUGCCAUACCGAUGACCUUAAGUGAUUGGUCACUCAAUCAGAAAACAGUGCCUAGUUGGAAAGCAACGGAGUUAAAGUGCAAUAGUGAUUUUAAUAUGAUAAGUAAUCUGCCGCGUGUUGAAUUAUUUUUUUAACGCAAACGAAAAGUCUUAAGUUUACGUAUCAGAAGUUGGGCUAGCGUUGUGAGUUAGGGUUGUUUUCGUCGCCAAUCAAUAUAAACUAUGAUGAAAACAGUUAGGGUUAGAUAUCAGGAGUUAAGGAAAAGUUUUGUCAAAAUUACGAAUUAAGUGUGAGAUAAUCGCGAAAUGACAUCAGUUUUAUUGCAGUGACACCCUACCGCUUGUUUACAAGCUGGAAAAUCUGGGGGUUGAGAUUUAGAGUGGGAGAAUACAUCCAGUAAUAUUAUCUAAGCCCUUGACUAUGCACUGUAUCACGGGAAAUGGUUUGUUAAGUGAAGGAAUGCAUACUUCCCGAAUGAAACAGUAACUGAAAAGUAAUAAUCAACACAAUCUGAAUUAGUUAAUAUCACCAAGCAGAAAAACUGAAAUCUUUAUUGCUCCAGUAAAAGUAGACUAGAUAUUUCAAAUAAAUGAGAAUCAUACAAAGUACUAAUUAGUUCAGUUCAUAUUAAUAUGUACUUUAAUUUAUCUAUUUAAGUUAUAGAAUCAAUUAUGAGGUCAUAUUCUCACACAGCAGUCACUAUUAACUAAAUCGUGAAUGAUUGAAAUCGAGUGAUAAAAGUACAAAUCAAUAUUACCUCUGAACAAGCGAUUUAUUUAUUUCUAUCCUCCUAGUUAGAAUUGUCAAUUCGCAGUAGUAUGCUCUUCAUUGAUUUGCAAGAUCUUCUCUGUUAGAUCCGCAUGAGAGACAUUGAUCGGAAGACAUCAGAAAGAAUAACAAAAUUCUGGAAUUUUCUCAGAAUCAAAGUAUGAAAUAAACGUACUGGUACAGUGUGACGUUUACUGGCAAUGCUAAAACCUCUGUAACUAUUUUGCAGUUUAUUAUCAUUUGUGUUUUGUUUGUUUAGUUAGUAGAUAUUUGUAUCACUGUAUUUUUAUGUUCUCCCCAUUGUAAAUCUCAGGUUUACAUACUAUCUAUAAAGAACAUACUAUUGCGAAUUAACAAUUCUAACUAGGAGGGUAGAAAUAAAUAACUCGCUUGUUCAGAGGUAAUAUUGAUUUGUACUUUUAUCACUCGAUUUCAAUCAUUCACGAUUUAGUUAAUAGUGACUGUUGUGUGAGAAUAUGACCUCAUAAUUGAUUAGUUAAUUGAUAUAUAGGAGAUAAUUGACCUGAAUUAUAGAUUUCACGUGACUAUCGGAUUAACACACAACACAAUGUAAACCGGUGUUCACUGUUCAUGUACACUCGAACCAAUUUCAUCUGACGUCUAACGAUAAUUGAUAUCAGAAAUAAUUUGUUGAACAAGUCAUUAUAGUCAACUCUUCGUAUUAUGUAUGUUUGUAUUAUUUAAAAUGUUAACCAGCUUCUGACAUCAGUUAUUAAUAACAUAACAGUGGAUUGUUGUAUAGGGAUCGAUGUAUCACUUUAUCCUUAAAGUUUGUCAUCAAGAGAUUUAUUGCUGAUUAUAAUUAUAAAAGUCUGGCAACACUAAAUCAACACGAAUGAUUCUGAUCCAAAGUCACCAAUUUUUCACUUCACACAAAAUCGUACCUUUCACAUAUUUUCUGGAAUAAUUUUAUAAUAAAUAGUAAUUGGAGGAGUCAACCAAUUAACCUAUCACCCAUUUGUUUUAAUGAGAUUGUUCACAUUUUUAUUGUGUCAGUUGAUCAUACCGAAUUUCUUAUGUGAAUGAUUGCUUCACGUACAAACUUCCAGUACUUUUUUUUCUUGGACCAAAUCAAAUGUGAGAAUUCGUUAAAACUUUUCAGAAUUAAAUCUCUCAUCAUUAGUUAUCAUGACAUUUCAACUGCACAGACUAAGUACAAUAUGGAGAAGUUCAAGAAAAAUAUAAAUAACUGACAUUCUCUUAGGCAUUUCCAAAAUACUUUAUGUGUCCAUUGUAAGUCUUAUAAGUUAUUUCCGGCGUCUUAUAACUUAGUACGUUCGAGAAUUACCAUGAUAUUACUUCUCAAACUCGAAUUCUGAAUCGACGGUGCAUAUUUCAAAACACAAAAAUUGUUUGCUGCAUCGAUAAUGCACAUUGUCUUUAAAAAACAUUUAUGAUGUUACUAAGACACUCGAUUGCGUUAAAAUUAGUGAUCAUCAGCAACGAAUAUUUAAGACAUUAUUUUGUCACAUAGUAUAUAACUUGAGUAAUAUAGUGUAUAGAAAUGCCUACUUUAUUACUUAUUUACUUUAGAAACCUAGGAAUCUCAGUCCUAUGAACAGUAAUUGAACUUAUAUCUUAUAAACAUUUUUAUUACAACUGCAUGUUCAUUUUUAGGAUACAAAUGCGAAAAUUAUGUAGCCAUUUAAAAAUCCAUUUGGAUAUAAUAAAAUUUAUUUUUACUUUAAAUCACAUUUUUUUGAAAUUCGAAGGAAGCUACAUAGGAACCAUGAGUGACUAGUUCGAAUUCCAUUCAACACUGUCAAGGAUUGAAACGUUGCUCUCAACACAACUACGUUGUUAUAAUCCAAUGACAGAUAUUUAACAGAGACCACUCAUUUUCAAAUGGAUCAUCAUGACCUCAAAGCUUCUGUUCCUCGCUUUUUAAUGAGGUCUCUUUGUCAAAAUCAUUUUAGUUGAGUUGGUUUUGAAGCUGUAACGUAUACACAGGACAUGAUGUUUAUAUUCACACUCACUACAUUUAAAUAGGAAGAUAUCAUUGGUAAGCCAGAUUAGCUGCUUUACCUGAUAAAAGUUGAAAAUCAGCAUCUGAGUUCUAUAUGGUCACUGAUUUCAGUUGAGCAAACUACAAAUGAAGAGCAGAAAUUUUCAAACUAGUCAGUUUAGAAGUGAGUGAAUUAAAUGAAUGGCAUACGUUCAAACAAUUGUUGUUAAAACGAUGUUAUUGAACAGCCAGUUACAAAGAAGUUAAAGUGUCAAAUUAAGUUCGUUGCGUAAAAUUACAGCAGCAAACUCUGUGCUAUAGAAAUAACUUUAAUUAUAUUUAAUAGUUUUAAUCAACUAAGACAAUGUUCAAACUUCUAUCUCAUUAUACAGAAUGCAUAUUAUACAGAUAUCUAAAAAUUUUAUAAAUCGCAUGAUAUAACAGCAAUGGCUUACGAGUCACCUCGGUAAGUAAAGACUAGAAAUGAUAAUCACGUUUCUCAAACCGAGAUAGAUUGUGACGAGUAUUAGAGAGUAGAGAUGUGUACAUGUGAUUCAUCACUCCACACUAUAUCAGGUCAAAACAAGUGAAAAUGUGAAGUAGGAGGAAAAUAAUUUAUAGUGAUCAACAGGAAAUUCAUUUAUUGAUGUGAAUAAGAAAAAAAUGUGUUUACCAUAUAAUCACAGAUAGAACUUACAUAAUUGCUAAGUAUUCAUGAAACCGGUGAAUUUUUAAUACGAAGCCUAGCUACAUUCGAUGCAUCGUUUUUCAGCUAUCCUGAUCCGUUACAUCUUGCUUACUUACUUACGCCUGUAACCCCUCGUGGAGGAGAGUAGGCCUCUCCUCACCAUCCUCCAUACAACUUUAUCCUGGGAAGUCCUUUCCAGCCCUUUCCAGUUGCUAUUCAUCCUUUUCAUGUCUGAUUCUAAUUCUCGGUGCAGUGUGUUCUUUGGUGUUCCUCUUCUCCAUUUUUAUUCAGGAUUCCAAGUUAGCUCUUGCUUCGUGGUGCAGUUUGAUGAUUUCCCCAAUGUGUGUCCUAUCCACUUCCAACGUCGUUUUCUACUUUCCUCUCCAGGUAGAAGCUAGUUCAUUCUCUCUCACAGAAGGCUGUUGCUGAUGAUACCCGACCAACGGACAUUCGGUGUCAUACGUUGACAAUUGUUUAUAAAAACGUGUACUUUUUGACUAUGGUUGUGGAAGUUCUCCACGUUUCAGCUCCGUGAGGUUCUCCUAUCCACGCAGUCAAAUGCCAUCUUUUGUUCAAAAAAGUUGAUGAAUGGUAACGAGUUCCACUCAAGUGAUCGUUCAACAAUGAUCCAUAGUGUCCCAAUUUGGUCUGUGCAUGACCGAUCCUUACGGAAUCCAGCAUGUUGAUCUGGAAGUGGAGAGUGUGCUGAGUCUUUCAUGACCAGAGUACAGCAGCAUCGCUCUUGAAUUUGUCCAUUUCUGUCCAGCUUAGUUCCAACGGGUUUCACUGAUUCCGAGCACGGACAAGUUGAAUCUAGUCGUUUCUGUAGCUAUUCGACUGGUCAUUCCUGUCUCCCACACUGUCCGGACAUUCUGUAUAGCUACAUUAAUUGUUGUUCUGCUUGCUAGAAGAGGCAUCGGCCUCAUGACUUCCGAAGAAUUACGGCUUUUAUCAUGAGGCGUCAUAAUUUUUUUAUUCAACUAGGUGAGCAGAGCUUAAGUGGUUUAAAUUGCUUAUUCUGGUCUGCGUUCUUUUUAGCAAGGUUGAUUUCAAUGGGAUGUGAUCGUUGUCCGUAUGCUCAAUCCUCCUCCUUCACCCAGGUUUGGGAUCGGCAUUAAUCCUAGAAGGGCCACAGGUAAAGUUCCGUUGUAUCUAGUUGAUGGAAUUUCACAAACAAACCUUUGUUAUCGAGCUUCUCCACAGCUUCCUGACCAAUCUCAACAUUUCGAGCCUUUAAAUGAUCAACUAAUACCUUCUUACCUGUUAGAUAAAUAUCCCACUCUCCUGAUGUCCCAUAAAAUUCUGCAAGCUUUUCAACAAUGCUAUAUCCAAUGCCUCCAUUUAAUCCAAUUAUUUAAACAUAAGUAAUCUCGGCUUCUUUAUAGAAGUCACUAAAAGAGGAUAAUGUCUGGAGCAAAUACAUAGAAACGCGUUUCUGUGUUUUAAAACCACAGAGCUCAGAAGGAUCCAAACACGAGCACAUUUGAACCAAUAAUUACAUCAUUAAGCACUUAUUUUAUUUGAGUGAUUAUUGGCGUCAACUCAUUCAAUAAGGACACGACUUAUCGUUAAUAAAUUAUUGGUUAACGAAUAACGGGAUUAUUGGUUGUAUCGCAUUGUUCAUGCCAGCUUUCUAGGUAAUGAUUCUGUAUUUUCCAAUCAGAAAGAUGUUCUAUCGCAUGUACUAGAAAACUACCGAUUGCAAGCAUCAUUAUGAUUGGUAGUUGAGAUUCAAUUAGUGUAGGCGUGUAAAGUGUUCAGAUAUUGCCCUGAUAAAUUGUCAACAUAUUGCUUAACAGAUUUAGUUCUCAUUCAGUACGUUUGCUAGUCGACGGAUUCAGUACACGACGGUAUUUUAUCCGUAUUUUGGUGCUAUCAUGAAACUGGCAUUCGUAACUGGGUCAAACAAAGGCAUUGGAUAUAGCAUUGUUGAAAAGCUUGCAGAAUUUUAUGGGACGUCAGGAGAGUGGGAUAUUUAUCUAACAGCUCGAAAUGUUGAGCUUGGUCAGGAAGCUGUGGAGAAGCUCAGUAACAAGGGCCUGGAUGUUAAAUUUCAUCAACUAGAUAUAACUGAUCGAGAUAGUCGAAAAGCGUUCCUAACAUUUGUAGAGAGAAACUAUCCUAAUGGAAUCAACAUUGCAGUGAAUAAUGCUGGGAUUGCCUUUAAAGCUGACACUCCAGAGUCACUUGGCGAGCAAGCACGAGUCACUGUUAACACUAACUUCACUUCGACUGUCGAUUUCACGGAAGAGUUCAUUCCUUUACUGGCUGAAAAUGCCAGAGUCGUCAACGUAUCUUCUACUCUUUCUUUGUUCAAUCUGAUGAAACUUAGUGACGAUCUGUACGAAAAAUUUGUCGGCCAAAUGAAUCUUUUUGAAUUAAAAGAACUUAUGGCGGAGUUUGUAAGGUCUGCUGAGGAUGGUACUUAUUCUGAGAAAGGUUGGGUGUCAAGUGCGUAUGCGGUGUCUAAAAUAGGCCUUACAAAGGCUUCAUUUAUUUUUGGUGAAAUGCUGAAAGAUGAUCCAAGAGGGAUUGUGAUAAAUUCAUGUUGUCCUGGUUUUGUUGACACUGAUAUGACUGACCAUAAAGGUGUGAAGACAACGGAUGAAGGUGCUGAUACACCGUUCUAUUUGGCCACAUUACCGAUUGGCUCAAAAGAGCCAAUUAAUCAAUUCGUCUACGAAAGGAAGGUGGUCAAAUGGUCCAAAUGAUCUUCACAUAAAUUUUAUUCUACCCAGAUAUAUGAACAGAAUGUUAUUGCUGAACUUUCUUAUCAACGUACGAGAUGUUACCCACUUGUUUUAUUAGAUUUCAGAUGUGAAUCAUUCUGUUUCUUAGUCUAAUCUGUUUACGAAUAGAAGCGAUUUCUACCUUAUUAUUAUUAUCAUUAUUAUUAUUAAUAUUGUUAUCGUUGUUGCUAUUCUGUGAUGUUCGGCUGUACCAUGUGUUGUUAUUCAGAACAUAGCUUCUUCGGUUUCAUUUAAUUUACUGGAAUGUUUGUUUUGUGCAUGUAUUUUAUUUUGGUCUGUUCAUAUGAUUCUAACGUGUUUUCAAGUAAUGAAUGUUGAAAAUGUUUACUGUGUGCAAACUGUUUAGUGAGACAACUGGUGUUUUACUUUGAGUUGAAGCUGAGAGUGGGUGGUUUAUGUUUGAGUCCGCCUCCAAUGAAAUAUAUGACGAUGGCGAAUUGUUAUGAACAGGUGACUUGUAAUAGUUUAUUCUGAAUUGAAAUAGAUUUCUGCACAAGUUUUAUUUUAUUUGAUGAAAUGUUCACUCACCGUUCUUCAUUAUAUUAUGUCACUAGGUGAUUUCGAGCAGCAUUUAUCAAGCGAACUUUCGUUACUCUACAAUGGAGAGUAGUAUGAAUGUUUCAGUUUUUCUAGAAGAUUGAUUUUAAGAAUAUUUGUUGAACGGAAUGAGAUUAGUGGGGUAUAUAUAUGAUUCAUGAUCUACAUGGAUGUUACGGUCGAUUACAUCUGGUAUUACAUCCUAGAGUAUCGUAUUUUAUUUAUGGUUGGCAAUGUUUGACUUGAUAACCUAAUGUGAGCUGAGAAUGCGUUCAUCUGUUUAGAAACGUUUCUUAAGAAAGUCUUUUCAAUUAUGACAAUUCGAU